AUGCUCUCCUAUACUAGCCACUGUUUGCAGACACUGCUCGGGGUCGCCUCCCUGCCCUACCGGCAAUACCUGGGGUACUCCAGCCCUCAAGCACCCCUUCAAGCAGCGCAAAGCGGACCCCCAGUCACCACGCUCGUCUCGUCGUGCGCGGGGUUCAGCUACCCGGAGGUUGCCUGCAUUGAUCGAUACGGAUCGCUCCUCCAGGGCGAGUUCGAGCGCAAAGUGCGUAACGUGCUUGGCGACGCCGACACCUACAUCUCCACCAAUGCGCCACAGGAACCAACCUUCUCCGACCUGCUCAAUGCCGAUUUCCUGGUGUGGAACCAGUCGGCGGCGAAGGCCAUCCUCGGUCCCAACCCCAGUGUCGAGUUCAUGUUCAGUAUCGAGGACUGCUCCCACGAGGCUCCCGUGUACGUCCCCACUACUAACGAACUGUACUUCUCCCGCUUACAGCAAGGAUUCCUGCCUCAACUGGUGAUUAACUUGAAUAAUGAUCCACCCACCUUGGAAGAGAAGCUCGCCCAGCCACCCAUCUACGCAGCCACGGGGGCUCGAUUCCGCGACGGGCUGCUCUACCUCGCCACGAUAGGUGGAAACGAGUCACUUGCGGGCUACACCUUCCGGCCAGACACGGGUGCCGGAUCCGCCAUCAUUGAUCCGAACAUCUACCCAGCUCCGCACAUCGCCUACAACUCCACGCGCAAGGGCCGCACCAUCUACGCGUACGACGUGGCCCCAUCGCGCAAGGCGCUGCUGAACAAACGACCCGUCUACCUUUCCAUGGAGUAUGCACCAGAUGGAAUCAAGACGUCGCGGGAGGGAUAUCUUGUCUCGGCGACGGGCAAGGGCAUCGUGGUUUUGACGGACGAGGGCGAGCCCCUAGUGCGCGUGCAGACUAAUUUCACGGUGAUUAAUGUUGCGUUUGCGGGGGCGGAUCGGGACGAGCUGUGGGCGAUUGGGAAGGGAGGUGUUGCCAGGAUUCGAUGGGGGCUGAAGGGAUCUUACGCUUAA